UUUUUCUUUGGGUCAUCGCGGGCACAAUUCUCGUGCUCCUUGUUCAAGAUGCUGGGUUAGAGGGGAGUGUGUUCGAGCUGGAGUUAUGGUGUAUAAAGGAACGGAUCAUAGGCUUCGUACAGAGAAUGAAUAUUCUUUAAUGGUAGAUACGGAUCACCACAAUUGUAUAGAAUGCCCACUUGCUUCGCUUCAUUUCAAUAUAGUUUCCGGUACGGUAUUUGAUUAUAUGCACUUAGUGUGUCUUGGCGUAAUGGAAAAAAUUUUGUAAGGAGUAAUAGAUGGCAGGUUCAUAAAAUCAUCGAAAAUAUCAAACAAGAGUCAUCUACAAGCUCUAGAUCGCCGGCUUGAAAUAGUUAAAAUGUACUGUCCAAGAGAUUUUGCUCGGAAGCCUACCAAUAUUGCGAAGCAUGGCAAGUUUAAAGCCACUGAGCAAAGACAGAUACUUCUGUACAGUGGGCCGGUUAUUUUUUACGGAUUGGUAAACGAUGCUGUGUUCAGUCAUUUUCUCCUUCUUCACACUGCGAUCAGAAUUCUAGUAGAUCCUGGACACACGAUCCAAUCUAUUGAUUUUGCAGACAAUUGCAUCAAACUCUUUAACGAAACUUCUUCCGACGUUUAUGGCGUAGAAUUUCUUUCAUAUAACGUUCAUGCUCUUUUACAUCUCCCCGACGAUGUUAGAUCCUUUGGUCCGUUAGAUUCGUUUUCAGCAUUUCCCUACGAAAACAAUAUGACGUAUUGUCGCAAAAUGUGUAGGAAACCGAGUCAGCAUUUGCAACAGAUUGCUAAUAGGAACGCGGAAAAUUGCCAUACGCAGAGUAAAGUACUCGUCGAUCCAUCCAGACUAAAGUUCAUUGCAAAGCACGUAAAAGGUCCUACUCGACCAGUCGACGAUUACAAUUAUUGUCAAUAUAGUAAAGUCCUUACAUGGUCGAUUUAUUUGUCAAUACUUCGACAGGAUAGCGCAAUUGUUCUUCGAAACGGUCCCAUAGCUAUUAUUCAAAAUAUUAUAGAACGUAAUAAUGGAUGCUAUUUUCUUUUAAAACAAUUUACAAAAAUUGACGAUUUCUUUGAUCUUCCGUGUCGCUCAUCUGCCAUUGGUGUUUAUCUUUGUUCGUUAUUAAGCUCAGAAUUGAUUUACGUUAGUCUCAAUCAAAUCGCAGGGAAAUUUUUUUUAAUGCCGUACUGGUCGAAAGAAGAUCCAACUAAAGAAUGUAGCACCGAACGUUUCGUCGUUGUUAAAAUUAUUUCUACGCAGAUCGCAAAUUACUUUUAUAGCAUUGCAUGGCAUACGCCCUGCUAUACAAUAAUUUACUUUACACGUGUAAUAAUGUACGACUGUACUAUUUUAUAGCUAAUUUUACACACUAGUACAAACAUACAUUAUCAUCGUAGAUGAACGGCAAGGCCAAAAAGAACACCGGAGGACUUUCUGUAGCUGCUGCUGCAGAAAAUCUUAGCAGAAAGAUGAUCCUCUUGGAAGGCUCUCAGUCACUGUUGGUCCCUUCCUUAACAAAGAAGAAAAUAAAGAAGCGGCCACAACCUCUGGCUCAUUCGACGCCAAUACCUGGGGCAUCCCAGCAGUUGCUGGAAGCACCGCCGCCAAAGAGGCCAAUGCAUAAAUAUUCGGCUCAUUCGCAGCCAAAAGCUGGAACAUCCCAGCAACUUCAGGAAGCACCGCCACCGAAGAGGCCAAAGAUUAAUCUCACAGCUCCGAGAUCAACACCAGUCUCAGUUGUUAAAAAGAUUAAGAAGCCUGAAACUGCAUUGACCAACAUUGAUUUGCAGCGGAGAACGCAACACGAUACAAUUUCUCAAUUGGGCGCAUCGUCGUCAACCAUCGAAUUGACGGAGAAGAUUAAUUCGCUCAACAGAAGAAUCAUCAACGUUAAAGAAACAAAUACCACCAUCAACAACCCACUCAUAUCCCUUGAGAAUUCGGUCAAAUCAUUGGACGAUAGAACAAAGCGGAUGGAGGAAAUGCAAGAAUCCAUGUUGAAGAUGCUCAAGGACAUGACGAAAAGAAACUCCCCUAAGGCUAGAAGAAGACCUGCCUGCUUCCCUUUUAAGUUGAUUGCAGAUCUGCUUGAAUUUAACAAUUCGAAUGAGGAGCUGUAUGACGAUGUCGUCAACUAUCUCGCCUACCUGGGAGGUGCCAAUCUCUGCGACGAAGCUAACUUUUAUUUUAAAAACUGCUUUGAAUUCGACGCCGACCUCUUCCGUAAUCUGUCCUGGCUUGGCUCCAGAAUCGACGAUGUCAAGGUGUCUCUAAUGUCGACUCGUUUUGCGCGUGCUUGCGAAGCUGUAAUAAAUCUCAACAAGGACGCUUUAGAGAAGCCCACAAAAGACAAAUUCGCCACUGCCAUGACGAAGGCAAUUAAGAAUGCCAAGGAAGCGUAUCGCCGAAAGAGAGCUGCUGCACAAAAUGGUAGUAGAAACGGUCCUGCAAACGCUCAGCAGCCACGGCAGCCUCCACAAUGACGCGGUGUUCGUGUCCAUUUGCCGAUCAACAAUCGUGUCCUCAAUGAACCGCAAGACGAGCUGAACAACCGGCUGCAGAGCAACGAGGACUACGGAGAUCCCCUCCCACCCAGGCAAUUGGAACCUGCCAAUAAUGAUGAGGAGGACGAGGACCAGUACGCUGACGAGAUCCAGGACAAUGAAGAGAAAUCGGAAGAGGAACAGGGGGAGAACGAGGAGGAAGAAGAAGAGGAAGACGAAGAGGAAGAAGAAGAGGAAGACGAAGAGGAAGAAGAAGAGGAAGAAGAAGGGGAAAAUAACGAGGACGAGUUCGAAGAAAAAUCUCAGGAGAGAUUGAAGAAAGAAGAAAAGCACCAAAACGAGGACGAGGAAAAUUAUUGGAAUGGAUUCAUCGAAAAUCAAGAAGAUCAAUGCAACAAUGACGACGACGACCCAUUAAGCUGCGACUUGUUUGUCGAGCCGUAAUGAAGAGGAUUUGAGGGAUGAAAAUGUAAGAGAGCGUUGGAGGGGCUGAUCGCUGUUGGCUGGGCCUUACAGAGUUGGGCGAGGUCGGGGCCUUUCUCACCCUAAACCAUAAAAAAAUUCUUUGCAGAUACUGGAACAAAAAUUUGCCUGUAAGUAGCGAAAUUAAAGGUAAUUUUUAUCCUAUGCUUAUCUAUAAUAUCUUAAAUCCCUUAUUAUUUUUGUCUUUGAUUUUAUUUUGUUACGGCGGAGUACCUGUGGAGAUUCAGGGACUACAGAACUCUACGCAGCCACUUCCUGCAGUCAUACACCAGGUUUGAAAGGUUUUGAAUAGAAGGUGUUCAUAUUUGGAUCACCUGGAGCCCAUAUCGGUUGUUGUAGUGGGGAAUAUAAUCAGCCUCUUCGGAUACACCAGCUCUGCAAGAAGACUACGCAAAGCAUUUUUUAGGUGACUGUGGCUGUGCAUGUGGUAUGUACCCGCCAUGUCUCUCUUGAUGCGCAACACAGAAGUAAAGUGUCUACUAAAAGCUAGUGCAAGUCUUGUGCGGGGAAGAAAAAUUAUUAGGGAUUAGCAUGUAAGGGAGUAGGCUAGUUAAUCUAAGAUCUCUUCGAGCCUGAACAUCCACACGCGUUUAGACAAAAAAAGCCUAUGAUUCUUACAAUGAAUGAUAAAGUGAUCUUUUAACUUUUAUUUAAGUUUGCCUAUUCUUUAUAUGCACUGACUAUUAUACAAAGGCGAUAUAUAUUUUUAUAGUAAAAAAUCGAAUAAGAAUAAAAAAUACAAUAGUCUCUACAGCCAAGAGAUUCACUUCAUUAAUUAUUGUAAGAAAUUACAGACUUAUUCUGGCUAAGCACAUGCAGGUGUUAAGAUGAACGUUAUAACAGGUACAACAAAAUCAUAAUCUGACUAGCUUUGUUAUGUUAUCUAAAGUCCCUGUACAGAAUUCCAGAUCUCUAGGUUAAAUAGCAUUUCAAUUACAAGGUCUUAAAAAUAUUCUUAUACGUCUUUUCAUCGGCUUUUUUAGGAUGUUCCUCUUAUAAUGUUUAUCAAAACACUCACACUAACAACUGUCUUAUACUUAACGAUUGUUAUAAUGUACUUCGUAUUAUAUAUGGCGUGAUAUUAAUUAACUGAUUUUAUUGCUCUUGCGCUUAUUUAUUAUAAUUGU